AUGAUUUGGUAUAUAACAAAAAUUUAUUCAGAUGAAGUUAAAAAAUUAUUACCUUCUCUUAGGUAUUACAAUCAAUUAAAUGGUAGUAGUGAUAUGGGUUUGAAGAGAGACUGUUAUGAAAUAAAUAACAAUAUGGAUGAUAUAAUCGCUUUUAUUAAUAUAUGUAUGAAUAUUACAGGUGCUAUGGAAAUGUUGGAUUUAAUGAAUCAUUUUCAUAUACCUGUAAAUAACAAAUGUACAUCAUUUAUACUUUGGAUAUAUGAUUAUGUAAUUAAGGAGAUUAACAAUGAUAAUGGUUACAUUAAAACUAAAAGAGUUAUUAAUAAAAUAAAUGAUAUUUUGCAAAGAAAUUCUAGCACAAAAGAAUGUGAUGUUCUUAAAUACAGCGAUAUAGAGAUUGAUUUAGAUAAAUUAAGAACAUUAAAUGAUUAUGUAAACGAUUAUAAAACUAUUGAGCAAUACAUUAAUGACAGUAAUUAUAAGUGCAGCAAGAAACUCUCAGACUAUAUAUAUAUAAGAAGAGAUUUAUACAAUUCAAUAAAAUUUCAAUGCAUUGAUAAGAAAGGAGAUAGAUUCUGUGAAGCCUUUAAUGAUUUAAUUAAUAAUUCAUAUAGUAAUUAUUUUACAAAUGUAUUAUGCCUAGAGUUAGAUAAUAAAAGAAUAGAAUAUAUUACAAUGCAAAAUUUCCAGAAUCAUUCAGUUGGAAAUCACCUAAAUAAGGAAUUUAUUGAUAAAAAAGCGAGUGCUAUUUUCAGAAAAAGUACAAAAGCUAUAGUAGGUGUUAUCACAUUCAUGUUUAUAUUUUUACUAAUUCUGUUCAUAUUGUAUAAAUUUUCACCUUUUAGAACAUGGAAAUACAAAAUAUUAAAAAAAAUUAAAAGAGAAUGGAAUAAUUUAGAUAAAACAUAUGAAUAUGGAACAUCAGGAUAUUUAUCUAAAUCAGAACUAUUAAAUUUAAUGAGAAAUCCAAUAAACAUUUCAUACAUUCCAUCUUGA